UAGCUGUGUGACCAGGGGCAAGGCCCUUGAUCCCACCGGCCUUCGGUUUCUUCAUCUAUAAAAUGGGAAUAAUAGCAGCCCUUAGGUGCCAGGGGAGCGGAGAAGGUCAGAGGACCCAUGUGCAAAUCUUAGGGCAUCGCAUCAGUGCCGGGGAUCAACUCGUGUUUCCACCAACUCCUCCAAACGCUGAGCGCGAAACGUGUUCUGAAGAGGAUCUAAAGAACAGAGCCAGAUUUGGGGCGCCCCCACUUCGGGACACUCGCUGACCCGGGGUCCCUGGAGCUCGUGCAGAUGGCCGUUGGGAGAGGGCUUGGUUCCGAGCCGCCAUCCCCCAUCCGGAGGAAACAGACCAUUCAGGUCUGCCCUCGAGCAACUUCCAUUUUCCUUGACUACAGCCUCCAGAGCCCUUUCCCCCAGGCUCUGCUCCCUUCGGGCCCAUCCCGGCCAUAAUCGGAAGCAGGCCCAGGAGGGAGAGGAUGCUGCAGGAGGCGGGAGGAAGCCCCGAAGUCUUCCUGGAGGCUGUAGAGCUUGGAGCCUGGGGGCAGAGGCGGAGAGACGCGAGGAUUUGGGGCGGGAAGAGGGAGGGGCCGAUUGGGUGAGCGAAGAAGAGAAAGGGCGGUCGGUCCUCUCUUUUAUCCCCGCCCAACUUUCUUUAAUUAUAAUAUUCAAGAGCCCAGAGACCAGUCUAUGGAUGUCCGCCCAUAAUAGGGACGGUCCGAAGGAGCCGCCCCGCCCCGUCCGCAGACCUGCGAAUCAGCGCUCGUCGUGAGGCAAGGACUACGUUUGCGCAGCGAAUCGCAGGAAGAAAAGGGAGAUUGAGGAGUGGAGGUGGGACUAGGCCGUUGAAGGACAGGGCUGAGUGGCGAAUCCGGGAGGGCCGAAUGGCGUGGGACGGGCAGAGUGAAACCGGGAAGGGAGGGGAAGGCGGGUUUAUGCAGACAUAGGAAAUCUCACCAAUGGCCGGCAGCCCCCGAGGACAGUGGGAGGGAGGAUGUGCAAUGGGCGUGGCUAUAUCGGUAAUGAGGACUAGGAACCCCUAGGCCCACCGAUGUGCCCCAACCCGGGGGUCUGGAGAUGGGAGGCGUGGUCUAUGCAGAUCCUCACAGCUAAGAGCCAGGAAAUCCACCAAUGGUUCUACCUCUGGGGGAGCUUAGGGGCGUGACUCCGCGGCUAGUCACCAAUAGACAGCCCGCUGCUAGCGCCGAGGGGGCGGGGAGAUGCAGAUCGGCCUUGGCUCGGCGGCCCAAUGGGCUGCGGCCUAUGCAGAUGAGACGGUGACAGCCGGGCCGGACCGGCGGGCGGGCGCACGGCCGGCGGGGCGCUGGGGGCCCCCAGGGAAGCCGGGAGCGGGGGCCGAGGCCCGGCGGAGGGGACGACGCGGCCAUGAUCCGGGCCUUCUCUUUCCCCGUGAGCCCGGAGCGGGGCCGGCUACGGGGCUGGCUGGAGGGCAGCCUGGCCGGUCUCUGCGAGCUGCACUGGCUGCGGGAGCGCCAGGAGUUCCGCGUGCGCCAGGCGCUCCGGCUCGGCCAGCCGCUGGCCACGGGCGCGGGGCCUGCUGGCGCGGCCGACGACGGCCGGGACCAGGAGGACGAGGCCCUGGGAGAGGACGAUGGAGAGGAGGACGACGACGAGGCGGCGGCGCGCCGGGCCGCAGCCGCGCUGGAGGAGCAGCUGGAGGCCCUGCCUGGGUUGAUGUGGGAACUGGGUCAACACCUGGGAGAGCUGAGCUUGGAUGCUGAAGGCCUGGAAGAAGAUGUUGGGCUGAGCUCAGGUUUCUAUGAGGGUCCUUCUCCUACUGGUCCAGACUCCCCUCCCUCAACGUUUGGAGGCGACAGUGGCUUUUCUGGUUCCGGUUCCUACAGCCGGCUAGGCCCCUCUGAGCCCCGGGGAGUAUUUGCCAGCAAGAGGCCCAAAUCUCUGGGGGAAGCGGGCCCCAGCUCCCAGGAGGCCUCCGCUGGAGGUCCGACAGUGGUGCCUCGCUCCUUCUCCGCUCCCUACCCGACGGCUGCCCAGGAGGCCGGACCCGGGGGCGUGACCUCCUUCCUGUCGCCCAGCCCGCUCCAUGCGGUGGCCCUGCAGAGCCCCCGCUUGCGCGGCCGCCUCUACCAGGACUCACCCGUCUCUGGGCCCCCGGACGGCGCUGCCCCGGGCCGCCACCUAGAGAGCUACAUCUCGGGCCUUCUGAGGCGCCGGCGGCGGCUCCGUGGGCGGCCAGGGCCGGGCCAACCCCGCACCAGUCCCGGCCCCGGGCCGGCUGAGCCGCAGGCGGCCCUCCGACGGCAGAACAGCGCGCGGCAGCGGUCCGAGGAGCAGCCGCAUCCCGGCGUGGGCGGCUCUCCCGGCCCCGGGGGCUGGCCGCCCUGGGACUCUAGCCCGCCCCCGGCCGAGCCUGCGCCCGCAGUGAGCUCCUCACCCCCCAGCCCGGGCGAGGGCCGGCUGGUGAAGGCCCAGUACAUCCCCGCGGCACACGCAGGAGUCCGAGGACCUCCGGUGGCCCGCGCUGCCCGCCGCAAGGGUCCGCCGCCUCCCCCGCUCACUCGGGGCCGCAGCGUGGAGCUGUCUCCUCCGAGGGAGCGGCCCCGGCCCGGCGGUACCAGGAAAGGCCGGUUCCCCGACGGUGCGGCCCGCCGGGGCUCCCCGCGGGGCAAGAAGGCCGCCCGCUCGCAGUCAGAAAACAGCCUUCUGAAUAGGCCAGGCGCCGGCCCCGGCGAAACCAAGUACCAUACCGUGGAGAGGGAGGAGCCGCGGCCGGCCCGGCCCCGUCGAACCCCGGCCGGCGCGGCCCCCGCCUCCUCGCGCCGCUGGCGCUCCACGGCCGAGAUCAGCGGCGAGGAGGCCGAAGGCGGGCGGCGGCCCAAAGCAGCGCCUCGCGGGGGCGGGGGCCGGGCCGUCGGAGGGCUCCCGGGACCCUCGCCUGGCCCUCCGCGCCGCCUCCUCUACGGCUGCGCGGGCAGCGACUCCGAGUGCUCGGCUGGGCGCGGAGCAGCCGUCGGGCGCCGGGGUCCUCCCUUGGGAGGCAGCGCGGGCGGCUACGGUCCUGCCUACGGCGAGAGCGAGUCGAGCGCCAGCGACGGCGAGUCCCUGGCCUUCAGCUCAGCCUCCAGCGACUCGGAAGGCAGCGGCGGCGGCUUGGUGUGGCCCCAGCAGCUGGCGGCGGCGUCGGCAGCCGCGGGGCCGGGCGGAGGCCCCGGGGGAGCCCAGGGGAAGGUCUUCGUCAAGAUCAAGGCUUCCCACGCGCUCAAGAAGAAGAUCCUCCGGUUCCGCUCCGGAUCGCUGAAGGUCAUGACCACAGUGUGAGCUCGUGGGGCGCAGGCCGAGGCUAUUUGCCCAGCUCUUCUUCGACUGACUAGACUGGGAGCCAAGACGCCAGAGUUCUCGGGGUGGGCUUGGGCGAACUCGGGGACUCAGUUUCCCUGGCUGUAGAAUGGACUCAAUGAAGUAGGCAGCGUGUUGUAAAGAGAAAUUUGGAUUGAGGAGAUCUGGGCUCGACUCCCGCCUCUGCCACUCACUAGUUGAGUGAUCUUGAGCAAGUCCUUUCCCCUCCUGAGGCCUUAGUCACCUCUGCAGUGUGAGGCGGUUGGACGUCCGAUUUCUAAGGUCCCUGCCAGCUCUGACAUUCUAUGAACCUACGAGCCUCUAAGGAGCCCCUGCCCUCUACUCAAGGGGUCUCUACUUUCCUAAUCCUCUCUGGCCAAGGAAAUCCUCAAAGUUCGGGUCCCCCCAGUUCCUGCCUCAUCGGUGUUCUUCUCCCUUCCCCCGUCACUGGCCAGUUUACAAUCCAUUCAGUCGGGCCACGUUUCCAUUCACUUUCCCCCAGAUGCCCUAGCUAGCCAGUAGAUGACGUGGGAACACCCCCUAACCUCUGACUGAGUACACUGUGGAUUGCUGCCGGAUUCAGGCGGAAUCCGGCAGGGCUGAGCCUCCCUGCGAUCUUCCCGGAUCGCUCUGUUUAUAAUCUAGCUUGGAGGCUGACAAGUAGUUGCGGGCCUGAGCUCCCCGGUGCUUCCUUAGCUCUUUCUUGGUGACCUUGGACGAGAAGUGAAACAGGGCGCCUUGGGGAAGGACCAAGGAGAUUUCCAGGGGGAGAGGGCCAGGCAGGAGGGCCAGAGGGCACCAGUUCCUAAUUAGUUUUGGUUUUAAAAUGGCCCUAUUUAUUACAAUGACGGCGACUCCCCAGGCGAGUGCGUGCGGGAAGGCUGAGGAUGCGGAUCUCGUCCGGUGCCCACCUCCCCUUGCCCCAAGGGAGCCAGACCCUGUCUAUUUCUAUAUUCUCUUUGUAAAUAAAUUCACGUGUUAUCCCCCUGGUGGCUUCCUCUGGCCCUGGUCCUGACGUGGUGGCGGGGCAGGGAGCUCCCAUAAGCUUUUUUUUUUUUUUUUUUUUAAUGCGUUUUCUAUAGCGCAGUGGAUAGGGAGGCAAACUUGGAGUCCAAAGGACUUGGGUUCGAAUUUCAUUUCGGAUUCAUUCCAGCCCUGUGACCCCGGACAAGUCACUUCACUUCCUCAAUGCUUUAGGCAACUCUUUAAGAUCACAGCGGCUGCAGAACUGUGGUCAAUCUCUGCUGGUGAAGGAGAUCAAUUGUAGAAAUCCUCCUCUUCCGUUUCAGACGAGCCUCUCCUUGAGCACCGCUAGUUAGCGAGGAUCAGUUCCGGUCCCCGGAUGCUGAGAAUUCAGCCUCGCCCAGGCUCACCCAGCCUGGGGGUGACCGUUGAACCCUAGGUGGUCCUGGCUUCUGGCUCCCCCUUAGCCCUGUUGCCCCGUGCCCCGAGGGAACAAAGGGGAAAUGAGUAAUCCCCGCCCCCAAGGUGCGCUCAUUCUGCUGGAGCUACGUGAUCUAUAUCAUAGAAACCAACAUACGUUUAUGUGCACGUUGUCUCCCCCAAAGAAUGGAACAGGGCAGAACCUGAUCUCAUUUCUGUAUAUGUGAAGGACAGUUCCAGGAAGAGAAAUCACAUCGAUAACUAAAUCACCAAGAAGGGCUUCCAGGCUUCUAGUCAGAGAAGCACCCGCGUGCCAAUAGGGAGCUACAGGAGUUCUUGAGCAGGGGAGUCAUCUGGUCCCUUGGAGGAAGCCAGGGAUGCCAGGAGGCGGAGGUGAGGAGAGAGUGCAUUCGAUUUGAGUCACCUGUCUUUUAUUAAGUGCCUAUUAAGUGCCCUGCACUGGACUAGCAGCUGGGGACCCAGAAAUAGGAGACUUAGGUUGUGCUGGGCAGAAACACCCACGAAGAGUCCACAGACAAGUAAAUACAAAGGAAAAGCCAUUCAGGGUAAGGAUAGGGACUGAUUUCCUGGCCUUAGGUAACUCCCAGGUGAGGAUAUUCCCUCUAUUAUCGCAGCCACACACCUCUGCAAACUAUAGUUUUAGAGCUGCCUAAGACAGGGAGAAUUUCAAGGAAUUGUCCAGGGUGACACAGCCCAGGGAGCGUGAAAGCUAGCGCUCGAAACCACGUCUUCCUGGCGGGGAGGCCAGCUUUCUAUUUACUCUGGCCGCCUCUCCUACAAAAUAGGAAGUAAUUUGGGUGGGGAGCACGGAUAAUCGGGAGGAUCUGGAAAGGCCUUUUGGAAGGGCUAUUUGAAAUAAGCCUCUGUCUCUUUAAAAAAAAAAAAAAAAGGAGGAGGGAAAGCUGGGUCUCAGGAUGCUUCCCAAGCCCGACAGCCGAUUAUUCUGUGUGUCUCUGGUGUCCCCAGGAGUCGUUCCAGCUGUGGUCCUGCCAUCCACCUCACUCUCCGACUAUUUAUCCAGGGCACAAAGUGCCCUGUGUGGGCAGGGAGAUACUCGUUCAGUUUCAGCGGGCACAGAAGCUGCCCUCGCCCAUCGGUCAAUUCCUUUAUUGAUCUGAUAUGUUCCAAGGCACUGUGAUAGGCAUUAGGAGACCAAGAAGCCGUUCCCAGUGCCUACAAUGCUCUCCUUUCUCACUCCCAUCUCCCAGAAGCCCUAGUUUCCUUUAAGACUCCACUGAAGAGGUCUUCCCUAAUACUCUUCCCUCCCCCCCCUCCAGCUGCUAAGUGGCCCUCCCCCAUGGCCUUGUAAAUAUUUGGUAAAUAUCUUGUAUAUAUUUAUUUAUGUCCGCGUUGUCUCCCCUGACAGAAUGGAAGCUCUCCGAGGGCAGGGACUGUUUCCCUCUGUCUUUGUUUCCCCAGCGCCUAGCACAGAGCCUGGCCCCUAGCAGGCACCUAAUAAAGCUUGUUGACGGAUUGCC